UUCGGGCCUGCUACACAUACAAGCAAAAAGGCCCUACAAGUUUUACAAGUUCCCAACCCACACAUCAUUCACACACGCACUCAUCUCACUUUGAAUGGAGCGUAAAUUACACGCGUCCCACUCAAACGGUUUUUCUUCGCAAAUAGCGCUUCUUAAUGGCGCACUCUUCCACUUCUCCAACCCGUUCAAAGAAAACACAAACCGUCCAUUUUCGAGCAACAUUCCAAACUACAGAGAUAGCACUUGUAGCGAAGAUCAGAACUCUCCAUCAACACAACGUAGAACUCUCGAUCAAGAAUCUCAAGAAAAAACGAAGUUAUAAUACUCAAGAAAAAAUGGCAGCCAGAAACCAAGUUGGAAGAAAUGACGAGGUGGACCACUUUAGAGUGGAAUAUGCUUCCAGGAUUCUAUUCCAUGACAUGAAUCUAGACAAAGCUGAAGCCAUUAGGAAAAGUAAUGCAAUAAGACUGUCCAAGCCAUCCUCGUUUUUAUUGAGUCCAUAUUGUCAGAUAGAUUCUGAGGAUAUUGACACUGUUUAAUGUAAAUGUUAUAUAGUCCUGUAACAAA